AGCAAUUGCAAAUUGCAAGUCAAUUCUAUUCUCACCAAUUCGCCACUCCUAGUUCUAGAGACUUCUUUUCUUCUCUGCUCUUCCUCUUCCGCUGCCAAUGGCUUCCGAUCUUGAAACCAGGGCUAAGGAGGCGUUCAUCGACGACCACUUCGAGCUCGCCGUGGAUCUCUACACUCAAGCCAUCGCUCUCAACCCUAACAACGGUGAGCUCUAUGCCGAUCGCGCUCAGGCCAACAUCAAGCUCAACAACUUCACCGAGGCUGUGGCUGAUGCUAACAAAGCGAUUGAGUUGGACUCAUCUAUGUCUAAAGCUUACUUUCGGAAAGGCUUUGCGUGCAAGAAACUUGAGGAGUUUCAAACUGCUAAGACAGCUUUGGAAAUUGGUGCUUCUUUCUCUCCAGGAGACUCAAGAUUUAUCAACUUGAUCAAAGAGUGUGAUGAAUGUAUUGCAGAGGAAGCUGCUGAUUUAUCAAAGCCAACAUUGGAAAAGGUCCCAGAACAUAUAGUAUCUGCACAAGAUGUUGAGCCAGUGAAGGAACUCACUAAUCAGGUGCCAAUUGAAACACCUGCCAAACCCAAGUACAGGCAUGAAUUUUAUCAAAAACCUGAUGAAGUGGUGGUAACCAUUUUUGCAAAGAAAAUACCACAAGAAAAUGUUACUGUGGACUACGGGGAGCAAAUACUAAGUGUUACAAUUGACAUACCUGGUGAAGAUGCAUAUGAUUUUCAACCUCGCUUAUUUGGAAAGAUAAUACCUGACAAAUGCAGAUAUGAUGUCUUGUCUACCAAAAUUGAAAUUCGUCUAGCAAAAGCUGAACCAAUUCACUGGACAUCUCUUGAGUUCAGCCAGGAAAGUGCAGUUCCACAAAGGGUAAUUGUUCCUGCAGCAACUACAGAUCAAAGACCUACUUACCCAUCCUCGAAACCAAAAAGGGUAGAUUGGGACAGAAUGGAAGCUGAUGUGAAGAAGGAGGAGAAAGAUGAAAAACUAGAUGGUGAUGCUGCUUUGAACAAAUUCUUCAGGGACAUAUAUCGGGAUGCUGAUGAAGACAUGAGACGAGCCAUGCAAAAAUCUUUUGUGGAAUCGAAUGGCACAGUGCUGUCCACAAACUGGAAAGAAGUUGGCACAAAGAAGGUGGAGGGAAGUCCCCCAGAUGGUAUGGAAGUGAAGAAGUGGGAGUAUUGAAAUGCAUGCUUCUAUUCACAAUGUGCUCUUAUGUGUAAUGCUGUUUUGCCGUGUGAAUACUGAUCUCUUUUCGUCAAACUCAUGGGAACUUAUUGUGUCUGUGAAGGCUUGACCGUGCAUGGAGUAUGUGAGUCAACUUUUCUUUUUGGUUGGUCUUAAUUAGCUUAAUGAAAUGCUAGUUUAUGGUUUGGUGGGUUUCUCUUUCUGUUUUGUCGAGUUGUGUACCAAAUGUGAAAUGUAGUUCGCGGUUUUACCUCUCCUAUGAGACUCAUUUCCAAUUCUUGUUACCUUAUUGAAAAGUGUGGUCAUGUUCUAGUUCUAGUACAUUUUUCCCCUUUCAUCCUUUGUACUAUGGAGUAUGGAGUUGUUAUGGUUAUUGGUACUUGAGAUGUGCUUCUGGUUUGUGUGAAGUUACAGGAAUUAGAAAUUGAUGCAUGUCUGGGAAUGCUCAUUGGGA